AUCCACUUCCGGGGUGUCGCGAUGACGCCAUAAAACAGCGACUCGAGAGGGGCCUGCUCGUUGUUUUUGUGUGUUUUUUUCACCGUUGAAGAAGCGCCGCUGCGUCACCGCAAAGAAUAGAAAGCGAAAGUUGACCGAUGGCUGCAUUGCGUUCACCCCAGCAGCCUUCUUCCGCUCCGCGCCGGCUCGGGAUGGACUUCAGCGGGUGCUACGAGGACUCCGUGUCCGUCGUGGCCGCCGCGGCUCGCGGCGGCUACAGGAGGCAACUGAGGCGGCUCAUCCGCCAGGGCCGCAGGAUCCACCGCGCGGACAACCGGGGCUGGAGGGCCCUCCACGAGGCGGCCGCCGCCGGCAGGGUGGGCUGCCUCAAGGAGAUCCUGUCUGCGGCCGCCAUGUCGGCCGGCUCGUCGGCGACCUUCCAGGCGUACGUCAACUCGAGCACCCACGAGGGCGAGUCGGCCUGCUACCUGGCGGCCGGACGCGGCCACCUGAACGCCGUCCGCCUCCUCCUCCGAGCCAGCGCCAACAUCGACCAGCUCACCAACGACCGCUCCAGUCCGCUCUACGCAGCGGUUAGCGACGGCCACAAGGACGUGGUGCAGCUCCUGCUGGCCAAGGGCGCCGAGGUCAACAGGUCGCACACGGCUUCCUGCUGGACCUGCCUUCAUCAAGCUGUCUAUCAGGAUCACGUGGACAUCGUGCGCAUCCUGGUGAGGACGGCCGACCUGGAGCCGCGCGACGACUACAAGAUCACGCCGCUCUUCCUGGCGGCGCAGUACGGACGGCGGGAAUGUCUGGAGGUCCUGGUGGACGCCGGCGCCAACGUGAACACGCAGGCCUCCGACCUGGCCUCGCCGCUCCUCCUGGCGUCCCAGGAGGGUCACCUGGCUUGCGUGGACUUCCUGUUGGAGCACGGCGCCGACGCCAACCUGGCGUGCAGCGGCGACUGGCCACAGCUUCCCAUCCACGCCGCCGCACAGUUCGGCCAUCUCGGCGUCCUCCGGAGGCUGGUCGCCGUCACGGAUCGCGCGUGCGACCGCGGCGAGGACGCGGUGAGCCCGCUCUACCUGGCCGUGCACGGCUGCCAAGUGGCGAGCGUGGAGCUGCUUUUGGACGAAGGCUUCAGUCCCGACGGCCAGGACUGCACCGCUUUGGUCUGCCAGCACUCGCCGCUCUCCCUCGCCUUGGAACGCGGGUACAGCGAGGCGGCGGGGAUGCUGCUGACGGCGGGAGCCGCUGUGCUCGAAAUGGAGUGGGAACCCGUGUUCGCCCGGGACGACGCAGACAUGCUGAAGCUGCUCCUGGACCACAGGUGGCUGUACCCCCCGCGGCUCUCGGGCGACGAGGCGGGCCGCCGGAGCAAGACGGCGUUGAAGAUGGAGGAGUUCGACGACAUGUUGUCGGUGGCGCUGGACCACCUGAAGUUCGCCGCCAGCUGGCUUCCGCUUCUCCUCAAGGCGGGACUUGAACCCGAGUCGCUGCUGGACUGCAGCGUGUGCGUGCAGGCCGACGGCGAGCUCGUUAACUUUCUCCUCCAGUUCGACAACUGGUCGACGAUGGCACCCUAUCUGAGAGCCAUUCUGUGCCAAAGACGGGCAGAGGAGACGUGGCGACCGCUCCCACAAUUUGACUCGGUGCCCGACCUUUCGCACCUCUGCCGGCUGCGCGUCCGGACGGUGAUCGGACCGGAUGUGGUGAUGAGGAAGGGCGUGGUCCAGAGGCUCCCCGUUCCCCCGCGCCUCCGUGACUUCCUGCAGUUCAACGACAUUGAAAUGCCAGAUGUUUGAAAAGUGCGUGUUCCAUCAGCAUUUCUCUGCAACGCCCACAUUGAGAGAGUUGAGCAGCAAUGGGAUUUUUUUCCUUUGAUUAUACAAACUCUGACCACAUAGAUGUGCGAUGAGGUUUAAACAGCGUUAAUAUAAAACACAUUCACGUUUUGUUACAAAUGUUAUAUUUCGCACCUUUAUAAAUAAAAACUGUUCAUGUGA